AUGGUCAGUAGAAACGUAUUUGUUGACGCGCUGACACCGGCAACGCUUUCAAGGACACCGCAUCUAUCCGCUUCAAAUGCGAGGCCACUGUCACCUCAUUCCUCAUCAUCGUCCCAAUCUUCAUCAUCGUCAUCCCAUUCCUCAUCAUCGCUUGGAGUCUCAUCAUUUUCACCAUCAUCUUCAUCGUCAGUAAAUUUUUCAAAACUUGGUCCUCCAAUCAACUCAAGUGACUCCGAUGAAGCGAAAAAGCCUCACCUCUCCGCAUACUUCGACCUCACGACAUUCGAUCAAUACAAGGACAUUGAAGAUGUUGUCAGAACUGAAGCCUGGUUAGCCAAUCCUAUUGACAAACUGAUUAAAAGCGAAGAUACCAACAAAUCGACUGCCAGCAGCAACAACGCUGGCAACACAAACAGCAACUUCAAGACGGUCAGGUUUGUGAGGUCCAGCGGUUUAAUUGUGGACCUAACGAUAGAGACUUUGAGUUCUCAGUUUGAUUUUGUGGAUGUGGAACAUGAGAAGGAUGAUAACGAAUUUAUGAUGAAUAAAUUCAAAGUCACGGAAGAAAAAGAUAGAUUCAAACAUGUUCUCAACAAUCUAUGCCGCCACCCAGUCCCAAACUUCUACAUACUCACCCUGGACGUGUUCAAGGAGAGGAUCACUACAACCAACGAAGUCACGUGUUCGUACGAGACGGCCAAUCAAAAGUGUCCUUUUGGCGUGAGCGAGGGUGAAUCAUUUCUCAAUCGGAGUCUCAAUGAGCAGUGCGCAUGGAUGAGUUACGGCAUGAAAAACAUUGGAACAUUGUCAUCACAUGCAGCUGCUUGCAUGUGGUUCGCCGGCGUACUACGUUGA